UAUUCUGAACCAAUGCCUGAAGCCUUCUGUGCAAUAAAAAACCCUUGUUGGUUCUCUUAUUUAAUAAACUCUGGCUUCUCUAUCAUUGUUUCACAGACAGAUACAUAGAAGAAAUUCCAAGUCCUCAUCACAGAAGCAAUGCAUCCUUUGGUUCUCCAUUGCCAUUUACUCUUCCUCUUGUUUCUAUGCCUCAAUUCAGGUUCAAGGGCUGCCCAGCCAUUGAAAGAGCAUAACAAAGGACUGCACUAUCAACAGAACAAAGCACUACUAUCAACUUCCACAUUUGCUGCUCAGCGAGACACUACUGCUGCAACUAUUCCUAUUGUCAACCCGACGACUCCGGGUACUUCAACUCCUAUUGUGAACCCAGCAUCACCUCCACCGCCAAUCACCACGAUGCCAAUCCCAAGUCAAGUCGCACCUCCGACGACUACCACGCCGACGACAUCAAGCGGACAAUGGUGCGUCGCAAACCCGGGCGCCUCUCAAACAGCUCUGCAGGUGGCUCUCGACUAUGCUUGCGGGUACGGUGGUGCAGACUGCGCGUCGCUACAGCCGGGCGCGACUUGCUAUGAUCCUAGCACCCUGCAAGAUCAUGCCUCCUACGCCUUCAAUGAUUACUACCAGAAGAAUCCGGUUCCCACUAGCUGUGUUUUUGGAGGAACGGCACAACUCACCUCAACUGACCCAAGCCAUGGAAGCUGUCACUUUGCAUCUUCUGGCGCUACUCUAACUCCGACUCCUCCUACUCUUACUCCUCCUAUUACUACUACUUCACCACCUCCACCGAUGACGUAUACCACACCAGUUUACCAAACCCCACCCUCAACUGUACCAGGGUCACCACUCUUUGGGGUCGCAGAGCCAACGGGACUUCCCAGCUCAGCCACCUCCAUCGCGUGCAGCUUAGCGGUUCUACUCAUCGCAGCUUGUCUGUCGUGGUCACUUCUCGCCCGUGGUCCCUAAGCCACUGCAUGGAAAGUUGCAUCUGCGCUGCUAUGAGAAGGCAAUUCAAUCGCUUCCUUGCAUAUCUCAUGGCGUUCGCACUUGAAGGAGACAACCGGGAUACGCAAGGAGGCAUUUUGAUUUAUCAGAGCGUGAUUGACCUUCAAGGUGGUUCUCUCUUCUUACAGAUGCCACCCUGGAAGUAAUCAAGAUGCGAUCUCUUGUAUUCUUGUCUUUGUCAUCAACAUCAGAAUAGAUUGAGACCCGGAAGAAUAAGUUACAAGAUAGGAAUCAGAAUAGUCAUGUAGUGUCAUCUCUAUACACAAUUAGCCAACACAGAUAAUAAUACAUUUAGUUUACUGGA